UUAGGACCCUGCAAAACAAAAACACACGGGCUGCAAGCUGGAGUGCUCCAAAGCACAUGUUCAGAUCAACAGAAAUGGAUGACUUGGAUGAGCGGGAAGACAUAACUGAGGAACUCAUUGAGUUUGCCAUUCGAGAGAGCAUUCAAGAUGGCAACAAGCUGCCAUGUUCAACACAAACAAACAGGAAGGAAUCAAACAGUGACGACUUUAUGAAGAUAAUGAUGGCCAUUCACAAAGGUGAUGUGCAUGCUCUGCAGGAGCUGUCAGGUUGUGUGUCAGCCUUCAGAGAGAGCGACGGCGGGGGCCUGCUGCCUCUGCACGCAGCAGCUGUGCAGUCACAGCCAGAGAUCCUAUAUGUGGUGCUGCAGGUAUCAACAUCCACAGACCUGACUCUGGAGGAGAAGACAGAAGACGGGGACACGUCUCUGACUCUGGCAGCAGAGGCCGGCCUGGUGGAAAACGUUAAGAUGCUGCUGCAGCACGGAGCUUCACCACACAACACCAACAGCAGGAACGAGUCUCCUCUGCUGAUAGCGGUGAGACAGAAAUCAUACGACAUGGUUGUCACCCUCAUCAUGGGUGGAGCCUUUGUGGAGCAGGUGUGUCUCACUAAGUGGACAGCCACCCAUGAAGCUGCAAAGGUGGGCUGUCCAGCUAUUCUGAUGCUGCUGCUUCGACACGGAGCGAAAGUAACUGCCAGAGACGGGCACGGGGUGACACCUCUUGGGAUCGCAGCUGAAUUUGGCAAUGCUGAAGCUUUGGAAAUACUCAUACAGCAUGGUGGUGAUGUGAACGCCCAGGCCAGCAAUGGAGACACAGUCCUAUAUGAUGCAUCUGGGUCUGGAAACCUGGACUGCGUUCAGCUGCUCCUGCAGCACGGAGCCAACCCCAAUGUAGCCAGCUACGCCUUCCAGCUGCCCAUCCACAGAGCUGCAUAUGAGGGAUACAUACUAGUCCUGAGGACUCUCAUUCCCAUCACCACAAAGAGAGCUAUCCGUCUCUCAGGCCAGAACCCCGUCCACUCAGCAGCUGACGGGGGACAGGUUGAGUGUCUGGAGCUGCUUCUUCAGAAAGGAUAUGAUGUCAAUGCCUUGCUAGGCACACAUAUCUCCGAAAACUAUGGAGACCUCAGGAGGACUCCUCUGUUCUUUGCUGUUUCCAACGGGGAUUUGACCUGUUCUGAGAUAUUAUUGGCAGCUGGAGCGAGAACUGAACUGGACCCACUACGAUGCAUCCUGGUGGCUAUACGAGCAGAGAGGUAUGAGCUGGUGCAGCUGUUGCUGUCGUACGGAGCAGAGGUCAACUGUUACUUCAGAGUGCUCAGCGACACACUGUUCCCCACGGCCCUGCAGUACAGCCUGAGGGACCCUGUCAUGCUGCGACUGCUGCUCAACAACGGAUAUCAAGCUUACAGGUGUUUCCAUUGUUGCCAUGGUUACAAUGAAGAAAUUGAUAGCAGCUGGACUGACCUCCAUAACCAAGCCUACCAGAUUUACAGGCAACCUGGCGUCAUCUCAUUCUGUGAGUUUGUAUCGGUGUCGUGGCUCACACAUCUGCUUGGCAGUAUUGUAAGGAUGCUCCUGGACUACGUCGGCAACAUCAGCAUCUGUCCCACCCUCAGACGCAUCCUGCAGAAGAGACCGGAGUGGGAUGAGAUAUCUGACAUACUGAGCAAGCCACGGUCUCUGCAGCACUUGUGUCGACUAGUAAUCAGAGAUCACAUGAGCCUCAAGACACUGAAUGACCCGAAAGCUGUGGCUGCUGUCCCUUAUCCUCCGAGACUAAAGAAGUACUUGACCUACAGAGAGUACGACCCGUAUGGUGACCUGCCCUCUACGUGAAACACACUUUAUUUAAACCUGUGUGAAUGACACACUAAUAAAAAACACCAGACAUUCUCGCUUGGUAACUCUAGCCAAAUUGGAAUAUAUUUUCUUCUUUUAAAGUGCUUUUGUAUUUUAUUUAUGUUUUGUAUGUUAUGAGUUAGAGUGCCUUGUGGUGUGUCACUGUGACCGUCUUUUGGAUUAGACAAAAUAAGAUGAAAAUUUCCUCGCAGGCUUUAAAUUGAAAUUCCUGUUUUCUCUAUGGAGUCUGAUUAGUUUGCAUUGACAUAUCACGUUCGAGCUCCUUUUUCUAAUAAAUAUUGGAACAGUAAGCAAUGAAAUCCAUUCUAGUUUACCCCUGAACAGAUGCACUACGUUAUAUUUUGCACAAAAACCGACAAUUUCUGUGUUGCCCUGCUGCUGUCUUUCUGUUUGCAUCUCCUAUAGAUGUCUCUCAGCUCCUAAAUGCGCCGUACACCCACACAAGUGUUUUCAUUUCUCGCUAAUUAGACCUCUGCUCAGGGAGAAAUUUGGCACAGAUUUCUUUGAAGUCACCAAACUACAUCAGCCACUCAGAAUGAUUUAAGUGUGAGCUGUCCCCGCCCUAAGGUGCAACAGAUUGUGAGAGAAAUGUCAAUCAACGUCCUCAGAAGAGGUCUGAUCAUGCAGGCUGAGUGAAAACACCUGUGUGGGUGGAAAACAGUACUCUCACUUUGUGCUGCUUUUAAGUGUCCAUAUACUGUAUACUAAAUAUCAGGUUUGGAAAAUAGUAAUGUUGCUUUAAUAAAACAUUGAUUUGUUAGA